CCGAGCACCCCAUCCCCAGACACACCCCGUCACUCGGGCUCCUCCUCCCCCCAGUCCCUGGGCACCCCAUCCCUGAGGUAUCCCGUAGUCUGGCACCCCACUGAGUGGAGCACCCCAUCCCUCACCCCAAAAUACCCCAUCCCCUGGGACACCACCCCCAGGGCACCCCGCUCCCCCAGGCACCCUACCUGCUCAUCCCAGGGUGGGCAUCCGGCUCCCUGCUCCGGGGGUUUGCUGGGACUCUGAUGCCCCCACCAUGGUGGUGCCAGGGACCCCCACAGGCCCUGGGUCCCUCCUGUCCCCUGUGAGCCAGAGCCCCCGUGCCCACCUGCCAGGAGGACACGUCUCUGCCAGCUGGUGAUGUUCCUCUGUCCUGGGCCUUGGCAGGAUGGAGGCCAGGGAUGUCCCCAUCCCUGUCCCUGCGCUGGCCACGGAGCUGCAGUUCGCCCAGCGCCUCAGGAAGCAUUUGGAAGAAGAGCAGCUCCUGGAUGGGCGCUACCGGCUGCAGGAGGUGCCGGGGGGUCGCGUGGCCCUGCCAGUGCUGGAGGAGAAGCUCUCCCAGCUGCGGCUGCCCCAGGAGAUGCCCUGUGGGCUGGUCCGAAUCCAGGACCCCCUCCCCUCCAGGGCAGCCCGCCGGCAGACACCUGCCCAGAAGCUGAAGGACCAGCUGCGGCGGCUGCUGGGCCAGAGCUGGUCGGAGGAGCUGGAGCGUGACGUGCCCCGCUCCUGGCAGCGGCACGGGGACCUGGUCCUGCUGAGCGAGGACAGCUUCAGGGCUGUGCCAUGGGAGAAGCUGGGUCCAGCUCUCUGGGAGACGGUGGCCUCGGCUCUGGGCGCUCAGCGGGUGGCCAGGCGAGGACGGGUGUUGCCAGAUGGGAUACGGUCCCCCAGCGUCACCUUGCUGCUGGGCCAGGAUGGCUGGGUGGAGCACGUGGACAAUGGGAUCAGGUACACGUUUGAUGUGACCAAGUGCAUGUUCUCACCGGGCAACAUCACAGAGAAGCUGCGAGUGGCCUCACUGCCCUGCUCCGGAGAGGUCUUGGUGGAUCUCUAUGCAGGCAUCGGCUAUUUCACGCUGCCAUACCUGGUUCACGCGGCAGCCGCCUUUGCCCACGCCUGCGAGUGGAACGGCCACGCUGUGGAGGCCCUGUGGAGGAACCUGGUGCUGAACGGCGUGCAGGACCGCUGCCGCAUCCACCAUGGGGACAGCCGGCAGGUGAGCACGCCCGGCGUGCUCCUGUAG